UUUAUAUGCUGGAGCCGCGGAAUGCCGAAACAUCCCACUUAACCAAACAAUACACAAAACCCUGGAUCUCCGUACUUUCCCACGCUCUGUCGCUGCAUUUUCUUCACACCAAUUCUUCGUUCGUUCUUCUUCCAAUCUUUCUUUGAUUCGGCAUUGCAUCACUCUCAGAAUUUUUUCACAAAAUCCGAUCAAAUCAAAUUGAUGAAGAACAACUUGAUUUGUGGUUCGUGGUCCUUCAUACACUCUUGUAAAACGGAGGAAAAUUUCAAUGAUGGAUAUGAUAAGCACUUUACCCGAUGAGAUUCUCUGUCACGUUCUCUCCUUUCUCAAAACCAAACAAGCAGUUGCCACAAGCAUUCUUUCGAAAAGGUGGAAGCAUCUCUGGCUAUCAGUUCCCGUUCUGGACUUCAGCCGCACUCGAGUGACAGACCAACAGGCCAAUUUUCGCUUUCAUGACUUUGUUUACUCGGUUUUGUUGUCACGAGAUUCUGCACUUCCCGUUAAGUUUUUUCGCCUCUAUGUUAUGUACAGUUAUACUCAACAUGUCAAUCUUAUCAUGCCCAGUGUGUCCAAAUGGAUCAACUUUGUGCUACAACGCGGAGGACUUGAGUACCUUGAUCUCUACAUGGACACGUCGGGUUGGCCUACAUUGCCUAUUAACAUUUUAAGCUGCACAACCCUAGUGGCUCUCAAGCUUUGUUUUUUCAGGGUUGUAGACCAUAGGUUUUCUUCCGUUUUAUUACUUCCCUCGCUCAAAACCCUUCAUUUACAUCUUAUAAGGUUCGCAAAACGUCAAGAUUUUAUGUUUCUUUUAGCUGCAUGUCCAAAUCUUGAGGAUUUACUCAUAUCUGCACUAUUGUUUGAUGAUGAGGAGGACUCUCUAAGCUGUAACGAAUGGAAAAACUUUAGCUUAAGUAACUUGACCAAAGCCAAUGUUGAUUCCUAUUAUUUUCAAUUUCCAAUGAAAGUACUUCACAAUGUACAGUCUCUGUCAAUGUGCAUUGCUCAGGCGCACUGCUUUAAUGACUCUAUUCCUACUUUUCAUAAUUUGACUUGCAUGCACCUUGAGUCCCUCAAUAAUCGUUGCCAUUUCAUAGUAGAAGUUUUUAAACACUGCCCUAAGCUUCAAGAGCUAUAUGUUGACGAGGACGGCAUGAACUCGAAUUACCAAACAUGGACUAAAAAAGAUGACAAAGAAAAUUGGGUGGACCCAAAUUUUGUUCCGCAAUGCCUUUCAUUACACCUUAGAGUUUUCUGUUUUUCCAGUGUCUUUGGCCUACAAGGUGAGCUUCAGCUAGCAAGGUAUAUUUUGAAGAAUGCAAGAGUUUUACAAACCAUGAGAAUCUCUACCAUCGGAGAACCCGAAAUAAAAGAACUAUUAUCCUCAUUCCCAAGGGCCUCCUCAUCAUGUAAACUCACAUUUGUUCAUCUUCCACGUGAUUAUUCAAGUGAGUCUGAUUCGUCUUUGGAUGCAAAUGAAACAUCUAUCGGUAGCGAUGCUUGAUGAUUUUUAGGUUCCUUUAGUAUAAAACUUAAUUAGUUUUAAGCUAUCAUGAAUUUUGGGUUGUAUUAUCCACGUUUGAUAUUCUAUACGUAAAUGUUUGGAUUGUACUAUUUAUGUUAUCAUGGUCAUGUUUUAUGGAAAUUUGAGUACUUCUG